AGGGAGAAUCUCACCAUUGUGGGAGGGGCAGAGACACAAAUUACUACAGGGGGGAUCUUACCAUUGUGGGAGAGGCAGAGAAACAAACUACUGGGGGAAAAUCUCCCCAUUGUGGGAGGGGCAGAGACACAAACUACUGGGGGUGAAAUUUCACCAUUGUGGGAGGGGCAGAGACACAAACUACUGGGGGUAAUCUCACCAUUGUGGGAGGGGCAGAGACACAAACUAUAGGGGGGAAAUCUCACCAUUGUGGGAGGGGCAGAGACACAAACUACUGGGGGUAAUCUCACCAUUGUGGGAGGGGCAGAGACACAAACUAUAGGGGGGAAAUCUCACCAUUGUGGGAGGGGCAGAGA